AUGGCUGACAUGGCAGCCGAAACGUCUUCCGCUGCCAACGGCAAGCGGAAACUCUAUGUGGCCUGCAAUGCUUGUCGGUUUCGCAAAGUCAAGUGCGAUCGAGAAAGCCGGUUCGAGCAAGGAUAUGCAGCUUGUACGAACUGCGAUAGCGCCUCCAUGGACUGUGUUCUGACAGUCAAUCCGCCCAAGAAGCGCGUGGGCAAACGCAUGCGGAUGCUUCAGGAGCAACAGGACCAGCAGCAGCAACAUCAUCACGAGGCGUAUGAUCCCGCACGUGCCGCAAGCUUGUCAUCAUCAUCAUCAUCAUCGCAAGGCAUAAACAGCUAUCCGCGUGCAGCAGCCUCUAGGCCACGGCAGCCAUCACCGUCGUCCUCUGUCGACCGCUCCCUCGACAUGUCUCCCGGCUUUUCCAGCUUGCUCGAGGCAGUCUCACAAGAGCAAGCGGCUGCCUCUCGGGAUACAGCGGCCUCGAUAACGACCGCAACUGGCGAACCUACUGAUCGGUCCGCCGUCACAGGUCUGACUCCUUUCGUCAACGAUGCCCAACCUUCGGGCUCCAUCAUUCAGAACGGCAUGUUCGCCGCUUUUGGUUCCGGCAGCACAGACGCCCUGCGCUUCUCGAAUGGCCACCUGCAAAUCACCGAGAAUCAUGGAACCAUUCAUUCGGUCGCAGAAGAGACCACACAGUCUCUUGGCUCCGGGACACCAGCCACCACAGGAAUCACGCCAAAUUCGCUUGCCGCUUCCUCGGAUCAGUCAUCACCGGAAGUCAUCGCAUCGAACGCCGCGUUCUUCAGCUCAGCCGUCAUGGACCCCUCUUCAUCUCGAGACAGCCGCCUGAAAGCGCGCAAUCCGUUCGACAAGCCAUCUGUGAGAAAUGGUGCCAAUCAAGUCGGCUUUGUGGGGGGUCUGCUAGGCAUAGCCUCGCUCGACAAGAACAUGCUCGACGUUUGCGUCAAAUCGUACUUUGAUUCCAUGGGUCAGUGCAUUGGAUUCAUCCGUCCCGAGUGGUUUUGGCCCCGUUACAACGCAUUAUUCUAUCGAUACAGCGGCUUCGCUCUCGGCGACGAAGCUGAUUCGAACGAGCAGCCACUUUCAGAGCUGCUGUUGAUCGCUGUGGCUUGCCGUGGUGCUGGUGCAAGCCAGUUUGCCAAUCGCUUCGAACUCCAGACCGAUCUUCACCAGCACUACUGCAGACUCAUCAAGGAUCGCGAUCGUCUGGUUCGAGAUGGCUUUGACGCCUUGGAAUCCGUCAUCUUGAUGGUGGAGCACGCAGAUGGUAUACCCAAACCCCUGCCGGACGCCAUGUCGGUGCAAGGCGUCUUUGAUGUCGACGUCGUCUCGCACGAAGGCAUGAUACGACUCAUGAAGAAGCUCGAACUGCAGCUGCAGAAGCCAUUCGGUACUCCACUUGAAGGACGCGAUGCGAUCCGGCAGAGGAUAUUGUUCUGGACCAUCUACGUGUACGAUGCCAUUCGGUCCGAAGCAGGCCGCACGCUACCACUCAUACAUCCGGACGACGUCAGUUUGCCGCGCACGCUUCCUACGAUCGUGGGCGAUCCGGCUCGGCUCAUCUUUCGCGACCACUUUGUCGAGCUGGCCAACAUCUGCCGUGACGUGGCGUACAGGAUACAAAGCCCACGCGUACAAAGCUCUGGCAUCGAUCCUCGCGAUGUCCUCUUGAUCCUCGACGAGCUCAAGGCGUGGCACGACAAGCUCGGACCAUUCUUUUCAUGGGACUGGAACGACAUGCUGCACAUCACGGGUCCCUCGGACCCGGAAGACCAAACGCGACGAACUUUCCUUAUCUUCCUGUUCCUGGGACAGUGGCUCACGUUGGAGUAUGCGGUGGAGGAGAUAGGCUUUGCGUCCGACUGCGAUCCUACCCUCAAGGAAGAGGUGAUCCGACGGCUGGAACGUGAGGUGGAUACGACACUCGAUCGGCAGGUGCUGGUCUGCGAUCACGGGACGCUGUUCGGCAUCAUCCGCCUGCAUCCGGGCAUGAUGCAGUCGUGGACCACCACGUGGGCCUCGUGGUGCAUUAGAAGGAUGCAGAUCAACAUCGCCAAGGAGAACCAAGGCAGGCUGGCCAGCGCCAAGGCGGAUCAAGCAUUUCAGCGACACCAAGCCGCGGUGCUGUGCUUCAUCAAUGCUGCGGCUAGCUGCGAUACCGCACCGCAUACGCCGACGACGGUGCAGGAUCUGAUGAAUGCGCUCCGCAAGGUCACCGAGGCCAGACGGUUGGCCAAGCUCACAUUUGACAGCGUUUGA